AUGCGCAAGACAUUUGUGUCCCGUGGAGGAUUUCAGGCGCCGCGGACGAUGGUGUUUCGGCACGACCCACCGCCGGAGCAGGCGCCCGCCAGGCACAGCGCUGCUGCAGCUGCUGUUCCAGCCACGCCGAUGGACGCGGCGCCAAACAAACGGCCACGCCUCGAGCCAUCACCGCGGGGCAGACUAUCGGUGUCUGCGGUGCACACUCCCGAGCUUUCGCUGCCGCCGCCGCCGCACGCAGAAGUGCUGCAAUCAUGUGAAGUACAGAAGCUGCACAACACGGAGGAGGUUAACGCGCCGCGUGUUUUUCUCCACACGACGCACCACCACACUCCAUUGCAACCGAUGAUCGGGGUAUCGGAAGGGGAGGAGGUUCUGUUCGAGAGCCAGGAGAUUCUGCAGCGCGAGGUGGAGGAGGACCUACGACUCUCAGAAGACCUCGCUUUCACGCCCAGCAAAACAACGGCCACAUCGACAACAGCAGGGCACAUGUCUCCACCCUUUGCGCUGACGCAGCCGGUGCAGGAGGAGGAGGAGGAGGGGAAGAAGGAGGGUAGGGUCGCCAUGGAGAGUAAUGCCCAGCCUGCUGGAGUGCUGUUUGACGGCGUUGAAGGCGGGUACGGUAACAGCAGCAGCGGCUAUCCGGCGCCGAUGCCGGCGCUCGCACCUGCUCCUGUGGUGAAUAGCAGUGGUGUCUUCUAUGAUCUUCCUCAGAGCGUACAGACAUUCUUUGAGACUCGGCGCGGCAUCAAGAAGUUGUACCCGUGGCAGCAUGAAGUUCUCAUGCGGGAUGACGUACGCGGCGGUGGAAGUUUAGUUUACAGCCAGCCGACGAGCGGAGGCAAGACAUUAGUUGCUGAAAUCUCGCUUCUUCGAUGCCUUUUAAAUCGCCAAAAGUCGUGUUUUUUCGUUCUCCCGUUUGUGUCGCUGGCAGAGGAGAAGACAGAGGCGCUGCGGCCCCUCGGCGAUGCGUUGGGUUACGCCGUGGACGGCCACUACGGUACACAGGGGAGGCUCCCCCUUCCCAGGCGCACGGCGGUGUACGUGUGCACACUUGAGAAGGCAAACUCUGUGCUUAAUCACAUGCUAGAUGAGGGCCUCAUAGGAGGACUCGGUGCUGUCGUCGUAGAUGAGCUCCACAUGCUUGGCGAGUCGCGUCGCGGCGCGACGUUGGAGCUGUUUCUGUCAAAGCUGCUGUGCUUUCCCAACAAGGUGCAGAUCAUUGGGAUGAGCGCCACAAUUCCAAACCUGCCAAACAUUGCGACGUGGCUGCGCGCUAGCUGCUAUGUGGGGACAUACCGCCCUGUUCCACUGCGGCAGCAUGCUGUUGUGGAAGGCAUGGUGAUGCUGGAAGGCAAUCGGAAUGAGCGCAACCUCGUCGCCGCUGGGUGCACCACAGAGUCAGAGCAGUUGCUGCUCCUGGCGACGGAGGUGGAAAAGGCAUCGGUGCUGAUUUUUUGCGCGAGUCGGCAGCAGUGCGUUGACACGGCACGCCUCAUUGCACGGCACCGAAGUGACGCACGGAAUGGCUACAACACCAGCACGAACGACGCCUCUGCCAUCGCGGCUCUCCUGGCGGAUCUUAGCUCCCUCGACCAUGACGCAUCGCAGCUGAGCUAUCUGAUCCCGCACGGCGUCGCUUUCCACCACGGCGGCCUUCUCGGGGAGGAGCGGGAGCUGAUUGAGCGGGCGUACCGCCAGCGGCUCAUCACUAUUCUCUGCUGCACCUCCACACUUGCUGCUGGGGUUAAUCUGCCAGCGCGACGCGUAAUCUUCAAAACACCGUACGUUGGCCGCGACUUCUUGACAAAGUCCCGUUACCUGCAGAUGUGCGGACGCGCUGGCCGUGCUGGUCUGGAUGAGUUUGGUGAGUCGUUCUUGCUUCUGCCUCGCAGGGAUUGUAUGAAAGGACGCGCAUUGAUGCAGCAGGAUGUGGAGCCUUGCUUAAGCCAAAUGCUGGAGGAGGCGAGCGCAUUUGAACGGUGUGUAUUGGAGUGCAUUGCGGUCGGUGUCAUUCGCAGCCUCAGCGACGCCCACCGGUGGAUGGGGAAUCUCUUGUGUCACCACGCAGCGGGGCCGUUUGAUGCAUCGUACAAUGUGGUGUCAAGGCCAUUGCCGGUGGUACUGGACGACAUUUUGCAGUCGGCGCUUAGGCAGCUGGAGCAUAGUGGGUUGGUGCAGCGGGUUCCACGGCAGACAGGUGACGGGGGCGGUGUAGCCACACAUCCUACGACUCACAGCAACGACGGUGGCGGGGAGAACAACAAUAGCAACAAGAACAACAACAAGAGCGCUAACAACAACACGGACGAAACGGUCUCACUGUCGGCUACACCGUUUGGCACCUGCUCGGUGCGGUCGUGCUUUAGCAUUGAGGAGGCCCUCUUGGUGCGCGAGGAGCUGGAGCACAUGCAGCGCACCGGCCUUAUUCUCGUCGACGAUCUCCACCUGUGCUACUACCUCACGCCGCUGCGGGAGAUUGGGGACUGCAAUUGGUCAGUGUACCGCGACGCGCUCUCACAGCUGAGCGACACCCGCCAGCGCAUUGCAAACAUGAUUGGCGUAGACGAGUUUUUCGUUCAUCAGCGCGCUAUGGGGCUUGGCGACCCUGCUGGAAACAGCAACAGCCAGUUGUUCAGAACGCGCCGCUUCUUUGUGGCCAUGAUGCUCGCCGACCUCCUCAGCGAGGUGCCAAUGUCUGUGCUGGAGCACCGCUACCAGUGUAACCGUGGACAGCUCCAGAGCCUCAUGCGCAGCGCAUCCAUGUUCAGCAGCUCCAUCACGAGUUUCUGCCGUGCCAUGGAGUGGUUCUCGCUCGAGGCGGUGCUGGCGUCGUACGUGAAGAGGCUCGGCUUCGGCGUGAAGCCUGACAUUGUGCCGCUGAUGGAGCUACGCGGCGUGCAGCCGGGGCGUGCGCGGGCCCUGUGGGUCGCAGGCUUCAAGGACCCCGCAGCGAUCGCGGCAUGCAACCCGGAGGAGUUGGUCAGGCGUGUGAAGGCCUCCAACCCGCCCGAUAACAAGACGGUGAAGUUUUUCUCCUUGCGCAGCGCCAUCAGCCUGGUGCGCCAGGCGAACGUUUUGCUGCAGCAGACGAUACUCGAGAAGAAGGGGGAGCUGCUGGAGCUGACGCACUGCUCACGGGUGCCCCAAUGA